AUGCGCAUCAGAUACCUGUUGUGCCGUACUACACCACCCGCCACUUACUCUGCAAUUAAAACCACUGACACCCCUUGGAUGAUGUCGUCCGCUCCAAGUUCAUCGAGGCGAGAAGAUGAGGGAGUGCCGAUGGCCAGCAAUGAUCCAAAUCCGCCAACCGUGGCGUCCUUCUCCCCCGUCACCCUUUCCAACACGACGUCUGCAACCAAGCAGCGCUCUACUAUCCUGGUGCAUCAAAAGUCGCCCUUGUUAAUAGCUACGCCGCCGCAGAUUACGAGAGCUUUGGCAUAUUCGCAUCCGUUCCUUCUGCCGCUUAACCAGUUCGUUGGUUUGUUGACAUGGACGAGUGGGGAUCCUUGGGAGAGCUUCUUGCUAGUGGCUAGCUUCUGGGGAGUUGUACUAUACGGAGAUGUACUUAUGCGUCUUGCGGGGCCGGUGGUAGUGGUAAUGGGAUUAAUAUUGGGAAUGUACUCGAGGCGAUAUUCGCCACUAUCGUCGACUGGCUGGACUGGAGAGAAGCAGAAGAAGGGGCAUAAGAAGGCCGACCUCGAAGCCACGAAUAUCAAGCACCAGAAGACCUUGGACGAGAUCGUGGAGACGUUGAAGGUUUUUACGGCUCGGUGUAAUGUACUACUGGAUCCUUUGCUCGAGCUUACGGACUUCCUCUCCACCCAACGAACAGCCACGUCUGCAACCACAAGACCCGCCCUCACUACACUUCUCAUUCGGAUACUUCUAGUCACUCCGUUAUGGAUCCUGUUGACACUCAACCCCAUCCAAAUAAUCACCACAAAGCGGAUCGUCCUAGUGACCGGGACUAUCUUUUUGACGUGGCAUUCCCGACCUAACAGAGUCACUCGGACCAUACUAUGGCGCUCAGCUCUAGUGCGUCGAGCAUGUGCUGUAGUAACAGGUCUACACUUUGCAGAUAGCGUAGCUCCACAGGCCACUGGCUCGGAUAUGCCAGCGGUACCUCCUAGACCCCAGCCAGGCAUUACCCAGCUUGCUGCCUCAGCAGCAGCCAAGAGAAGGCCUGAUGCUACGGGCGUCAGGUUCACAUUCAUACUGUAUGAGAACCAGCGAAGAUGGGUUGGUUUGGGAUGGACAACAUCACUCUUCGCUUACGAGAGGGCAGCCUGGACGGACGAACACCUGAAUCCAGCACCAGCCAAGGAGGAAUUCGAGCUUCCAGAUGUGGAUGGUGCCGCUGCCAGAUGGAGGUGGGUCGAGGGUAGUCGUUGGCUUGUAGAAGGGGCUGCUGAGUCGGAUGAGGGGGGUACCAAAGCUAAGUCUGACACUGUCGACGGUGGCCAGGGCUGGAUCUACUAUGACAACAAGUGGCAAACCGGUCGCCGUGGCAUCGACGGGUGGGGCCGCUACACCCGCCGCCGAAAAUGGUAUCGCGAUGCCGAACUCGUAGAAGUCACUGCCUCAACUGAAAUCACACCCUCAUCGACACCAACCAGUGACAGCAGUCCCCCGACCUCCAUACCCACCCCCGGCACCUCCCUCACUAGCCCCUCUUUCAUAAACCCGCCCCCAGAAUACAGCCAGGCAGACACUGCAAGCCUGAAGAGCAAGCACUCUCGUAAUUCUGACCGAAGCAGCGAGAAGGACAGCUCAAGCGUGAAGAGCAGCGGCAUCUUCAGACCGGGCACGUUGAGGAUGAGAGGGACCGAAGGGCAUGGUGGGAUGAGUGGGGUUAGUACCCCCACGAGGAGUCCGAGGGAAGAGAACGAAGAUGUGCAUAACGAAAUUGCGAAUCUGAGGGGAGUGGAUGGGUGGGGUAUUGGGGACAAUGUCAGGAUGGGAUUAGAAUGA